GGGAAAACCCGUAAGCGCAGAGAACAGCGCGACCGGAGCGUUCACAGGGGGGAAAGAACAGCGGCGAAGAAUUCAACUCCUGGGGGGCGCGCUCUGACCUGAGCGGGAGCGCGCUCCGAGAAGGGGCGGUGAUUCAGGGGCCUGAGGCCUGCCUGGUUCGGACACACCGGAGAGCCCCCCUGUGUGUUUGCUGAGGAGAGUCCGGGGAGCCGGGUCUCUACAUUGGACAUAGGAACAGAGAGGGAGCCCCCGGGUACUACGCUACAGCCUCCUGUACUACUAGACAGGCAGAGCCCGGUGCGGGGGGAGAGGAGGCUCAUUCAUCCGGGUUCUAGAAGAGACACACUACGCUAGUCCUGACAUUACAUUGUAUGGGCACACACUACUGACCCUAGGGCCCACCCUCCUAGCUGGGUCAUCACAUCACCCUUUGCCCUGCCCCGGCCUGUCCUAUGGACAGAUGCCAUGUUACGUAGCUAAUCAAUUUUCUUUUCGUUUGUUCGGACUUUUCCGGCGAUCGUUUACACGGUGGGAAGGUGAUGUCUGUUAAUUUGUAACCGUCCCGCCUCGACUAGGAAGUCUAAAGUUUUUUUGUUUUUCAUCGCAACGUUCACCGGGUGUAGAAUCCCUUUAGAAAAACCUUGCAGUGACCUAUCUGCCCGGUGUCUAGAUAUAAAGUUUGUGCUGCCCGUAGUCGUAGGUGCUUUGAGGUGUCCGCCUCUCAUUGACAUCCCUUGGCCAGUCAGGAUCGCCCCUUGGGUAGAUUUGCAGUGGUGUGCUCUGUUGUUGGAGCAAAGGCCGCCUCUCUUGUUGUCCUUUAUGCCGCCUGUGUCCUCCCCUCGGUGACACAGGACUCCCCAACGCACGGCGGCGGGGCUUCUGAGUUCGUUUGAAGAAUCGCCUCGCGUUUCCCAUCAGUUUCUCCGACUGGGAACAUGGACUCAGACGAAGGGUACAACUACGAAUAUGACGAAGACGAAGAGUGCAGCGAAGAUAGUGCGGCGGAUGAGCAUGAAGAUGAGUUGGAGCUUGGAGAAGUAGAACUGGUGGAAGCUGGACUUGGUGGGUCGGAAAGAGCCGGCAUAUGUGGAGAAGGAGGAGUAGGUGUCCUGGGGCCCGGUCCUGGUGGGGAGGAAGAUGAAGACUAUCGAUAUGAGGUCCUCACGGCUGAGCAGAUCCUUCAGCACAUGGUGGAGUGCAUCCGUGAAGUGAAUGAAGUCAUCCAGAACCCUGCUACUAUCACUAGAAUACUUCUGAGUCAUUUCAACUGGGACAAGGAGAAGUUAAUGGAGAGGUAUUUUGAUGGCAACUUGGAGAAGCUCUUUUCAGAAUGUCAUGUCAUUAACCCUAGUAAGAAAUCACGAACACGGCCCAUGAAUACACGUUCCUCUGCCCAGGAUAUGCCCUGUCAGAUCUGCUACUUGAACUAUCCAAAUUCACCAGCAGAUGAAGGGUAUUUCACAGGCCUUGAAUGCGGUCACAAGUUCUGCAUGCAGUGCUGGGGUGAAUACCUAACCACCAAAAUCAUUGAGGAAGGAAUGGGACAGACCAUUUCUUGCCCUGCCCAUGGCUGUGACAUAUUAGUUGAUGACAAUACAGUAAUGCGUCUGAUCACAGAUUCAAAGGUGAAAUUAAAGUAUCAACAUUUAAUAACUAAUAGCUUUGUGGAGUGUAAUAGACUUUUGAAGUGGUGUCCUGCUCCAGACUGCCAUCACGUUGUUAAAGUUCAAUAUCCUGAUGCCAAACCUGUACGUUGCAAAUGUGGCCGUCAGUUCUGCUUCAAUUGUGGAGAGAAUUGGCAUGACCCGGUUAAAUGUAAGUGGCUUAAAAAAUGGAUCAAAAAGUGUGAUGAUGACAGUGAGACAUCAAACUGGAUUGCAGCUAAUACAAAGGAAUGUCCCAAAUGUCAUGUGACCAUAGAGAAAGAUGGAGGCUGCAAUCACAUGGUAUGCCGGAACCAAAACUGCAAGGCAGAAUUUUGCUGGGUGUGCCUGGGUCCUUGGGAGCCCCAUGGAUCCGCUUGGUACAACUGUAAUCGCUACAAUGAGGAUGAUGCAAAGGCUGCUCGAGAUGCACAAGAGCGUUCCAGAGCAGCGUUACAAAGAUACUUAUUCUACUGCAAUCGCUACAUGAACCACAUGCAGAGCCUGCGAUUUGAGCACAAGCUGUAUGCCCAAGUCAAACAGAAAAUGGAAGAGAUGCAGCAGCACAACAUGUCAUGGAUUGAAGUGCAGUUUCUUAAAAAGGCAGUGGAUGUGUUGUGCCAGUGCCGCUCCACACUCAUGUAUACUUAUGUCUUUGCAUUCUACCUCAAGAAGAACAACCAGUCAAUUAUCUUUGAGAAUAAUCAAGCUGACUUAGAGAAUGCGACAGAAGUUCUGUCUGGAUAUUUAGAAAGGGAUAUUUCCCAGGAUUCCCUUCAAGACAUAAAGCAGAAAGUACAAGACAAGUACAGAUACUGUGAGAGUAGGAGGCGGGUUCUGCUGCUUCAUGUGCACGAAGGUUAUGAAAAGGACUUGUGGGAAUAUAUUGAGGACUGAGCCCUUUACACAGACCAACCUCUGUUGCCACCUGACACUAGAUUUCAAUGCCCAUUAAAAUGCAAAUAUGCGCCCUGAGGCCGACCCUGCACAUUUUGCCGUCUCCCCUUUCCCUCUCUUGCUCUCAUUUCUUGCGCUCCUGCCAGACUUUUUUGGUUUACUUUUAUUAUUAUUAUUUUUUUUUUGGGGUUUCUUUUUUUUUUUUUUGAAAGUUUAAGUAAAUUAUAUUGUGAUAAUAAAAGGAAAGCAGCUAGCAGAGGCGAUGGUUUGACAGUAUUGUAGGCAUGUUUAACCCUUUGGCACAUAGCGACUGGCAAAGCCUUGAUUUCCUUGGCAAAAUGUCUGACAAAAGUAAUGCUGGUCCCUUUUGUUGCUAAGGUGUUAAAGUGUGUACAGCCCCUCAGCUAUUUGCGAUGCUUUUUCCUAACUGGCUUGCCAUAAUCAAGCUGAUUUCCCUUCAACUGCUUCUACAGAAAGUCAGACCUCCCUUCCAUACCCUUCCCAGUUCUCCCUUCAACCUGUGUCUUCUUCUGUCCUGCCUUAUACAAGUCUUUUGUCUUGCCACUGUUUAGCCAUCCUUCUCUUUACCUAAUGUCUUCAGAUUAUCCCUGGCACCUUUUCAUACCCUGGGUUGGAGCUGAACAGCUUUGGAAAUUUGAAAAAAAAAAAAAAAUAGAAGAAAAAUAAAAAAUAGCUUUGUACAUGACUUUUAAAAACAAAACAAGAUUAAACUGAACAGAAGACAGCAGUAUUUUUCAAACCUGUAAAUAGUGCAUCUGCAUGAGCAGGGAGGAGGUGGGACGCACGGUGUUUGCAUCAUGUUUAAGUACAAACAGAAAAAAAAAUAUUUAUUCUUUCUUUAUGA